AUGAGUGGUGAAGCAGACGUCGAGGCACCUCUUAUUGAUGGGUCUCAUCCUUCCUUCUCAGAUGUAUUCUGUCCAAACUCUAGGCAAACCCUCCGUAUUUGUUUAAAUUUGAAACAUUUGAUUGACAAGAUAAUUCCAAUCUUAUUCAAUGAGGACGAUAUCUUGAACCAAGGUUCCCCAAUUAUCAACAGCAAUGUAAUUGAAUUGGCUUAUAGAGCCGCUGGUGGUAAAGGAGAUGGGAAACCCGGUACUUCUUCUUAUAAGUAUAGAGCCGCGUUAGUAUUCUGUCUUCUAAAAGUAACUGAUUGGUACUGGCAACAACUGGUUGAAGAAUUGUAUGACAACGAAUUGUAUACUCUUAGAGCUAAAGCUGCUCAGCAGAUUGCUAAAAUAAUCAUUGAAGAACAGACUAAUGAUGAAUAUUUGUUUUUGGGAAUGUUAUGUCAUCGUUAUACAAUUUCACUUUGUGAAGUUGAUGCACCUCCUAUUAGCGUAUUAGAAUUAGCUGUAGAUAUGCAUUCCACUAUUGUAAUUGGUUCCGCAGGUUACCAGCGCUGUAUUAAAUGGUUGUGGAGAGGCUGGAUCAUUCAAAGUGCAACAGAUCCUCAUUCUUACGUUUUAUACAAAGGUGUACUGCUGCAUUCCAUUAGAACCCAUUUCGAUCCAGAAAGAGUUAAGACUCCAUUGUACCAAAAUAUUAUCGAAAUUUUCUUUAGUAUUGUCUACUUAGUACUCUACUCGAUCAUAUUAAAUGGUCAUCAGGAGUCAACAACACCAUUGGAUGGGUUUGAAGUAGUGUUUUACCUCUUUACAAUUGGACUUAUCUUAGAUGAAUUUGUUAAAAUCUACCAUGUUGGAAUGAACUAUGUUGGAUUUUGGAAUGUAUUCAAUGAUUCGAUGUAUGUUAUAUUGGUAAUUGCAAUUACAUUCAGAUUUUUGAGUUUAGAUGCAAAAACUCAGCAUGGACAGGAAAGGUUAGACGAAAUGAGUUUUAGAAUAUUAAGUUGUGCAGCUCCUUUUAUGUGGACUAGGUUAUUGCUCUUCUUGGACGCCCAGAGAUUUGUUGGUGCAAUGAUUGUUGUUUUCAAGACCAUGAUGAAGGAAAGUGUCCUCUUUUUCGUCCUUGCCGGUGUCGUUAUUAUUGGGUUCACACAAGGAUUCCUUGGAUUAGAUAAAUCAGAUGGUAAGAAUGAAGCCACGAAGAGAAUAGUCCUUGCAUUAAUUAAGACAGUUAUAGGUGCCAGUGGAUUUGAAGAUUUUUCAACAUUGGUUCCACCGUAUGCACUGAUCAUGUAUUACGUAUACUCAUUCCUUAUUACGGUCAUCUUGAUGAACAUUUUGAUUGCAUUGUACUCUACUGCAUAUGCAGCAAUUGUUGAAAAUGCAACUGAUGAGUACUUUGCUCUUGUAGCUCAAAAGACUUUAAGGUAUAUCAGAGCUCCAGACCAGGAUUUAUAUGUCCCACCAUUGAAUCUUAUUGAAUUCGUAUUUCUGCCACUUUAUUACACCCUUUCCAAGAGACACUACAAGGCGUUAAACUAUUACCUUAUGCUUUUCUUCUACUCACCACUUUUGGCUUACAUUGCCAUUGAUGAGCUUUCAGUUGCCAGAAGAAUUCAAUACAAUAGAUACAAGGGAUUACCAGACGAUGCAAAUGAAGUUGACUCAGAAUGGGAUUUGACAGAUGGAUAUGAUGCGGAUUCGUCAGAUGGAAUCGAAGAAAGAGACGAGGAAGUGAACCAAGCACUUAUUGAUCAACAUGCUGGGGAACAACUGGAUCCUGAAUUCAAAAUUGAUUUGAAAAAAUUUUAUGGUGAUAUCGACAGUGUUGCUCAACCAGUGACUGAAGCCAACAAGGCCGGAAUCAAAUGGGAGUUUUUCGAACUUUAUAACAAAAUCGACAAACUUAGUGGGUUUGUCGAGGAAGUGGUUGAGGAGAACAGGAAGUUGAGGAAGGAAUUGGAUUUUUUGAGAGACUCCACACCCGAGUCCAAGCCUGAUAUUAAGACUGAAGUCAAGAAGGAGACCAAAUAG